GUUGCUUGAAGAAGAGGAAAAGGUGGAAGAUGAUGUGGUUUUCUACUUGGUGUUUUUGGGCUCAACUCUUCACCACUGCGCCAGUACUCGAAAAGUCAGUGUGGACACACUGGAGACCAUCGCUCCUGGCCACAACUGCAGUGAGACGGUGAAGGUGCUGCUCUGUGCCUCCAGGGAUGGCCACCCAGUGCUUGUGGUGGCCGAAGGGGACUUCCAGUUCAUCCGGGACGAGGCAUACGAUGCAGCCCAGUUCCUGGCCACCAGUGCAGGGAAUCAGCUGGCUCUGAACUUCACGCGCUUCCUCGACCGCUCAGGACCCUUAUCCGGGGAUGUGAAUGCCCUAGACCAGAAGGUGGCUCUGGCCUUCCGGCACCUGAAGCUGCCUACUGAGUGGAAUGUGUUGGGGCCUGACCACGCGGAGCAUGAUGGUACCCCCCGGGAAACACUCCUGCAUUUUGCUGUGCGGCUGGGACUGCUGAGGUUGACGUGGCUCCUCCUGCAGAAGCCUGGUGGCCGUGGGGCCCUCAGCGUCCACAACCAGGAAGGAGUAACGCCUGUGAGGCUGGCCCUGGAGCGAGGGUAUCACCAGCUGCACCAGCUCCUCAUUCAGGAGGGCACAGGGGAACCUGACUCCUGGAGCUGCCUCUCCCACGAGGUGCCCUGUGGGAGCUGUUCCCUAAGGCACCGCCGAGACCUGGACAUCUAUACCUUGACCUCUGAGCCUGGAGCGCAGCACGGGCCCACCUCGCUACCAGAUGGCUGCACGGAACAUGUUUUUAAGCUUAGGAACAUCCAGCAGCAGCUCAUGAAAACCCAUCUCAAACCCAUGGACAAUCACAUACUCCUGACAGGGACAGCACAGGACCCUCCGCAGUUGGUCCCAGCUCUGAGUGAUCACUGUCCUCCUGACCCCACAGAACCAGUGGCCAAUCAGCAGCUCUCUCCUCUUGCAGAAUCUGGUGGGAGCCCUGUUGGCUCGGUGGGAGCUUCCAGGGACUUGUCUGGUGUGAUUGAUUCUGAAAACACAGACUGCUCCUGUUGGAAGGAGGAGGGCAGCAAACUGAGGAAAGGGGAAGAGGCUGACCUGCCACUUGUCAGGUACUCUGUAGUCCAGUCCUGGCCCAUCUGCAAGGGAGAAUGCCCGGAAGGCCCCCUAUUAGGUGGGACCAGGGACAAGGAAGCUGGACUGCAACCCGUGGAGCAGGACCAUUCAGCGAGUGGGAUUGCUCCUGGGCCUGGGGUCUGGCCGCGCUCUACAGGGGAGCUGGUCCUCUGUAAGGCCACAGAGGAUGGGGCAAUUGAGAGUGGACCUUCAUGCCUGGAUACAGCUCUUCCCAGGCCAGUCCCUGAAGUAGGCACAAGUACGGCACAAAGUCUUGAGAACCACAGCACCGGCACACCUGGAGCCUCUGAUGCCAGCGUCCCCAGCAGUUGUGUCCUGAACAUCAAGUCCUUGGGGAGUGACACACCUGCUAAGCCUUCUUUUGCUCUCACCAGUGGAGUGCCUGUGCCUAGAAGCUCUGCGGAUAAUAGCAGUUCAGGGAGAGGUUGUGAUGUGAGCAUUAGCAUACGGGCAGCACAGCACCCGUGUGGGGACCCAGCUGCAGACAGGCCCAAACCCGACACCCCGGUGGUCCCUGAACACCCCGACUACAGCUCUCCCAAGUUGGAGCCAAGUAUCCCAUCUCACCAAGAAGCACAGACCAGUUCCUCGCAGCUUCUGAGCCCAGCCCGUGUACCACCUAGAUGUUCUUCUGGGAGUGGUGAGCUGGCUGCUGCUGCUGCUGCUGCUGAGCCACAGAACACAGUGGCUUCAGGUGGCAUGGGAGUUGCAGGGGACUCUGGUCACAGUGUCUUCCCCAGUGCCAGUUGCUGCCCAGAGCCCCCCACUGGCCCAGCCACCCUUGACCCUGGCAGCGUCCCUUCAGAGCCUGUGGAUUGGGGGCCUUUCAGUGUUUUGGAGCCAGAGGGCUGCAGAAAAGACCUGAAGCCAGAAGGGUCUUUGACCACUGUGCUCAAGGGGUCUCCAUGCCCACAGCCUGUCCCCAAUACAGAGACAGAGCUGGGCUCGGGCCAGGCAGUGACAUCAGAUGGGACUUGUUGUCCAGCAGGCAGUGCGGGCAGUGAAUCAGUAACCAAAGAUGACGCGCUGGUGUCUGUCCCCUCCCAGAAGGAAAAGGGAACAGCAACUUGUGGAGACAGACUGCACAAAGGGGCUCCGGAGUCGUGGCUGCUGGCAGAAUACCCUACCGACCCGUCUGGCUGUAUCCCCAGCAUGGGGAAUGCCAGCCCUGCUGGACUGAGCAGUGAGCUUGACGAUCCUCACCUCUCUGCAGUCUCCAGGGGCCUGAGUAGUGAGGGCGACACAGAUCUUUCCGUGCUGAGUGGGCGUGAGACACGGGUUGAUCUGGAUUUCAUUUUGACUGAGGGCGGAAAAAACCUGGUGAUUCCAGAAAACUCUGCAGCUUUGAGGCCAGACUACACGGAUAAAGCGGAUAAAGUGGCAUUGGGUAGUAGCCUCGUGCAGGAAGACAGUGUUCCUUCAGGAGCUUUUCUGGGGGAACAACUUCGAACACCCCUUGGACAGCCAGCUCCAGGGGCCCAUGGAGAGCCAAACCCAUCUGUUUGUGCCGAGGACAAGGCCCAUUCCAGGCCUUCUGUGGGCACGCCCCCGGCCUUUUGGCACACAGAGGGCCAACAGAACAAUGAAGUGGGCCUGCCAGGCUCGAUGCCAGUUGGGGCUGCCCAGCACCCACUGCCCCCAGCAGCAGCACCAGCUGCAGAUACCAGCUCGGGGAACCCAGGGUCAGAAUGGAACCCUCCUCUGCUGCCUAGUCUCAACCUUGAAGGUGCAGAUGACGUUGGGAUGGGGAAGGCUCCACCCCAGGGGGACGGUGCUGCCCUUGCAGCAUGUGGAGAGGGGUUGGUGGCCACCAGGGCCAGUGGGGAGGAGCAGCUAUACGACUCCCACGAUGCCUUGUGUCCCCAAGUCCUCUGCGGCCAAGUGGCAACUCUGAACCCAGGUUCUCCAGGGUUGUCUUUGACUUUGGGAGUGCCAGGCCAGCAGGUUGCUGCGAUCCUAGAAGGCAUGCCUGGUGCAAUGGAGGGAGGGGCACUCCCGGCUGUGGAAGGUCACCCUGCUCCACAGCAGCCUCUUGUUGGACAGGGUCUGGCCCCUGCUGCUCCUGCCCUGCAGCUGUCCCCCAGAACCAGCAUGGACCAAGCCCUUGAGGAGGCUGCCAGUCACAUUGUGGAUGCCGUCAUUGAGCAAGUCAAGGCCUCAGGAGCUCUGGGCAUGGUUAGGGAUGGUGGUCAUAUGCCACCGUCCCCUCUGACGACAUUGAACCCAGCACCAGAACAGCAGGCAUGUUCUCCUGUCAGGAAAGCUAGUGGCCUUCUCCCUGGGGAGAUCCUUCUGGAGGGCAGAGGUCAUGAAGACCCUGGGAGCCUGAUUGUUAGUGAGGAGCCAGGGAGGACGCCCCCAUGUGAGCCAGGACCCAGACUGGCAGCAGAAAUGCCAGAUAUGAAGGCUGGUGAUGAAGUGGAUUUUCUGAGCAGCUCUGGGGACAGCACUGUUUCUGAAGAGGCAUUCGGUGACGUUUCUCCUCCCAAGAUGAAGCACAGCCCGAAGAGCCAGGCGAUAAAUCGAGAAAGCUGGUGCACCAUCGAACCGGGUGCGGUUGCAGCAUCUCUACUGGCCCCCACCAUGAGCCCAGAGAGUUUGCUGGAUGUCGGACUGGGCAGUGGGCAUGCCGCCAAGCCAGGGGGCCCUGGGAGCGACUGUGAGGAUGCGGACAGCACCAUUCUCUCUAGGCCAGAAGAGGAGCAGCUGGGCUGUGAUCUUACCGGGUCCAGCUCAUGCACUGAUGAUUCUGCUUCCCUGGACCGCCAUUCUUCCCUGGGCAGUGAUGUGUCCCUGCCCCACCUGGCACAUGGGAGCCGGCCCAGAGACCAGCCUGGCUUGGAUGGUGCCACCAGCCCCGAAGCAGGAGCUGUAGGCCUUCAGAUUGUCAGUGACCCUGCGGGCUCUGGGAACCUGGAGGAGGAGGAGGAGACGGACAGUGUCACCGAAGUACCCAGCACCCGCUCGGUGCUCAGGGGCUCCAUGCGCUCGCUGUCCCCUUUUCGAAGGCACAGCUGGGGACCAGGGAAGAAUGCAGCCAGUGAUGCUGAGAUGAACCACCGCAGUUCCCUGCGAGUUCUGGGAGACAUUGUCAGGAGGCCCCCCUCUCACAGGAGAAGUCUGAGUUGGUGUCCUUCUGGCGUGCCCCCUUCUGCUGCCCCGAGCACUGACUUUCAUUACAGAAGUUUCAGUCUUGAAGGCCUAGCAGGAGGAGCUGGUGUCGGGAAUAAGCCGUGUCCAUCUCGGGAAGCCAGUUCGGCCAACACCGCAGACCUACGGCACCCUCUAAGCAGCGAGGAGCGGGGCGGCUCGCUGGGGUCUCUUUCAGAAGAAGACCUGGAGUCAGGCCAGAGAGAACACAGGCAGGUGUUUGAGUCCCAGGCCUGUCACAGACCUAAACCGCAGGGAUUCAAUUACUGUACAUCAGCCAUUUCUUCUCCUUUGACUAAAUCCAUCUCCUUGAUGACAAUCAGCCAUCCUGGGCUGGACAAUUCACGGCCUUUCCACAUCACCAGUGCCAAUCUGACCGAGAGCAUAACAGAAGAAAACUACAAUUUCUUGCCACCAAGCCCCUCCAAGAAAGACUUGGAAGGAAAGAGUGGGACCAAAGUCAGCCGCACUUUCAGCUAUAUCAAGAACAAGAUGUCAAGUAGCAAGAAGAGCCGGGAGAAGGAAAAGGAGAAAGAGAAGAUCAAGGAGAAGGAGAAGGAUGUGAAAGAGAAAGAGAAGGACAAGAAGACAGUCAAUGGCCACACGUUUAGCUCCAUCCCCAUUGUGGGGCCCAUCAGCUGCAGCCAGUGCACCAAGUCUUUCAGCACCAAAGAGGCCUACACCUGUGCAGGUUGUGGUGCUUUGGUCCAUAAAGGCUGCCGAGAAAGUCUGGCCUCUUGUGCGAAGGUGAAAAUGAAGCAGCCCCGAGGGAGUCUGCAGGCCCAGGACACUUCGUCACUGCCCACAGUCAUCAUGAGAAAUAAGUCCUCUCAGUCCAAGGAGCGUCCACGCUCAGCCGUCCUCCUGCCUGAUGAGACUGCCACAGCCCUAUUCACGAACCGACGCUCUCAACAGAGCGGCUCACUCUCCAAAAGCAUCUCCAUUCAGAACAUUGCGGGAGUUGGCAAUGAUGAGAACAUAUCGACCACCUGGAAAUUUCUGUCACAUUCCACAGACUCACUCAACAAGAUCAGUAAAGUCAAUGAGUCCACAGAGUCCCUGACGGAUGAGGGGACAGACAUGAACGAGGGACAGCUGAUGGGGGACUUUGAGGCUGAGUCGAAGCAGCUGGAGGCAGAGUCCUGGAGCCGUACUGUGGACAGCAAGUUUCUGAAGCAGCAGAAGAAGGAGGUGGUGAAGCGGCAAGAAGUGAUAUAUGAGCUGAUGCAGACUGAGCUGCAUCACAUCCGCACGCUGAAGAUCAUGAACGAUGUGUACAGCCGCGGCAUGAUGACGGAGCUGCUGUUUGAGCAGCAGACAGUGGAACAACUCUUCCCCUGCCUGGAUGAGCUCAUCAGCAUCCACAGUCAGUUUCUGCACAGGAUCCUGGAACGCAGGAAGGAGUCACUGGUGGACAGAAGUGAUAGGAACUUCCUCAUCAGGAGGAUAGGCGAUGUCCUGGUCUGUCAGUUUUCCGGGGAGAACGCGGAGCGCCUGAAGAAGACGUACGGCAAGUUCUGUGGGCAGCACAACCAGUCCGUGAGCUACUUCAAGGACCUCAACACCAGGGACAAGCGGUUCCAGGCCUUUGUGAAGAAGAAGAUGAGCAGUUCUGUGGUACGGCGGCUUGGAAUCCCAGAGUGCAUAUUGCUGGUCACCCAGCGGAUCACCAAAUACCCGGUUUUGUUCCAGAGACUUCUGCAGUGCACCAAAGACAAUGAUGCGGAGCAUGAAGAGGUGGCUCAGUCCCUGAGCCUGGUGAAGGACGUGAUUGGAGUUGUGGACAGGAAAGUGGCAAGUUACGAGAAGAAAGUACGACUGAACGAGAUUUACAUGAAGACAGACAGCAAGUCGAUCAUGAGGAUGAAGAGCGGCCAGAUGUUUGCCAAGGAAGACCUGAAACGGAAGAAGCUGGUGCGGGAUGGUAGCGUGUUUCUGAAGAGUGCAACUGGGAGGCUGAAAGAGGUCCAAGCAGUCCUGCUCUCAGAUAUUCUGGUUUUCCUCCAAGACAAAGACCAGAAGUACAUCUUUGCCUCACUGGACCAGAAGUCAACCGUGAUCUCGUUAAAGAAGCUGAUUGUUCGAGAAGUGGCGCAUGAGGAGAAGGGGCUAUUCCUGAUCAGUAUGGGGGUAAAGGACCCGGAGAUGGUGGAGGUGCAUGCUAGCUCCAAGGAGGAACGAAACAGCUGGAUCCAGACCAUCCAGGACACAAUCAACACUCUGAGCAGGGAUGAAGAUGAGGGAAUUCCCAGUGAGAAUGAGGAGGAGAAGAAGCUGCUGGAUGCCAAAGCCCGGGAGUUGAGAGAGCAGCUGCAGCAAAAGGACCAGCAGAUCCUGCUUCUGCUGGAGGAAAAGGAGAUGAUCUUCCGAGACAUGGCCCUGCCUGAGGAUGGCUCUCCUGGCCCCAGCCCACGUGCCCUCUUCCGCUCUGCCACCGACGAGGCGCUCCGAGGGGCCCCACUGAUGAAAAGUGCCAUCAGUGAAGUGGAGAUCCUUCAGAGCUUGGUGUGCGGGAGCCUGGGUGGUCCCCUGGGGCCAGCAGUCAGCAGCCACGCAGAGCAGGACGGUACAGUGGGCCCCGUGUCUCUGCCCCGGAGAGCAGAGACAUUCGGCGGCUUUGACAGUCACCAGAUGAGCGUGUGUAAAGGAGGUGAGAAGGACGAGGGGGAUGAUGGGCAGGAUCUCAGAAGAACUGAGUCGGACAGCGGCCUGAAGAAGGGUGGAAAUGCCAACCUGGUGUUUAUGCUGAAGAGAAACAGUGAGCAGGUGGUCCAGAGUGUCACCCACCUUCACGAGCUGCUCAGCUCCCUGCAGGGUGUGGUGCUGCAGCAGGACAGUUACAUUGAGGACCAGAAGCUGCUGCUGAGUGAGCGGGUGCCGGCGCGGCCCGUAGUCCGGCCCAGCUCCCUGGCGGAGCAGGAGAAGCAGCGCAGCCUGGAGAAGCAGCGGCAGGAGCUGGCAGAGCUGCAGCGGCAGCAGGCACAGCACCUGGAUGAGCAGCGGCGGCGUGAACGCCAGUGGGACAUGCGGGAGCGGGCACUGCAGGAGCGAGAGGCGCAGCUGGUACAGCGUGAGGACGAGUUGCGGAGGGGCCAGCGUGACCUGGAGCGGGAACGAGACACGCUGCAGCAGCGUCGUGGGGUCUACCAGGCUGAGCUUGAGCGGCUGCGUGUGGCCCAGAGACAGUUGGAACGGGAGCAGGAGCAACUGAGGCACGAUUCAGAGCGCCACGGGCAGGCCUCCCACCCGCACACCAAGCUGCUGAGGAUACCAUCCUUCCUGCCCAGUCCUGAGGAGACCCCCUUGCCUUCCUCGCCUCCCAUUGCCAAGUCCGGUUCCCUGGACUCAGACCUCUCCAUGUCCCCCAAAAGGAACAGCCUCUCUAGGACACACAAGGACAAGGGUCCUUUCCACCUCCUGAGCUCUGCCGGCCAGACACAUCGGACGGCCGAGGGCCAGAGCUCGGCACCAGCACCCAGCUCCACACGCCUGUUUGGCUUGGCCAAGCCCAAGGAGAAGAAGAAGAAGAAGGGCAGGGGCAGCCGCUCUCAGUCCAGCGAUGGCCCUGUGGCUGACGAGGGGGUGGAGGGUGAGGAGAUCUUCUGCUGACCCAGGAACCCGCCUGCCCAUGCCUACCCCAUGCAGCAUUACCUGGCACCUGGCCCUGCGUCAUGACCCAUGCAGAAAGGAGUCCCUCAGGAGGCUUCUGGCUGGUAGCCUGGUCAGCAUCAACAGGACAUAAGCAAAGACCUUUUGCACUCGGCCAGAUCUAGGCAUUGCUCGUGGCCUGUCUGCAGACACAGGCCUGGCAAUGUCCAGGUCCUGCUCGUCUCUGCCAGCCAUGGGCCAAAUUAUAGUGCUGCCUUCCUGUAACCCCAAAGUCCCCUUGGCAUCUGGUUCUCUACCCACUCUAAGGGUACUUGGAGGCAAGAACGUCAUCUGACGGAGCCUGUAUAUGUUUUGGGCUCUUUGAUGCCCCUCCUGUUCACUUCCCCAGCACCCUGCGAUGUGACACUUUUUGGUUGUCACUGACCACUGGGAGGUGAUGGCAGCCACCUUGCAGUGUUCCUGACCUGAACCUGGCCCAUGGUGCCCGCCUUGCUGCUCAGAGAGCUGGCUUGUCCGGGGCCACGUCUGCAUCUGGCUCCUUCAAGACUGUUUCAGUUAGAAGAUCUGUUAUUCCUUGUGUUUUGUCCGCGGGCUGCAGCCAGCACCCGUCUGGCCCCCACUCCUCUUACUCUGUUGGUCUGAGCCUGGGCCCAGCUGGUCUGUGCAGGCCAGGCCAGUGAACACGUGACAUUUGUGUUCUUCCCCGAGGGAAGAGCCCCAGACUUCUCUGCUUUAACUGUGGCUUUUGGUUCCUGCUUUUCCCCCCUCAAGAGCAUGGAUCUUUGGAGAGUUCUCAAUGAGAUCUCUACAUGGUGCUUUGAGGGGUUGCAAGCUGGCCUUGCAGACGGAAAUGUACCCUGGUCUGUCUGA